UCUAAGACUUUUUUCAUAAUCCCACUUUUCCUAUUUAUCCAUUUAGUAGUAUUUAAACACGCCUCAGCCACAUUGUAGGAGCAAGAACAAACUCUCUUUUUUAUGUGAGGAUGAAGAAAUUGGGGAUGAAUUGUUUGAUUUUUGUGAUAGCUUUGGCGGCUGUCGGAAUUCCGGCAUGCUUUGGCCAGAAUAUUAGUAGAGCAAGCUUCCCAAAGGGCUUUGUUUUUGGGACUGCAUCAUCUGCUUUUCAGUACGAAGGAGCUGUUAAGGAGGAUGGAAGGGGUCAGACAAUCUGGGACAAGUUUUCCCAUGAAUUCGGCAAAGUUAUAGAUUUUAGCAAUGCUGACGUAGCAGAUGAUCAAUACCAUCGCUAUGAUGAAGAUAUACAUAGAAUGAAGGAUCUAGGAAUGGAUGCCUACAGAUUUUCCAUUGCAUGGUCCAGAAUCUAUCCAAAUGGGUCAGGAGAAAUCAACCAAGCUGGAAUAGAUCAUUACCACAAUUUCAUCGAUGCCUUAUUAGCACAAGGAAUCCAACCAUAUGUGACACUCUUCCAUUGGGAUCUCCCUCAGCAGCUUCAAGACAAAUACAAAGGUUUCCUCAACCCUCAAAUAAUAAAGGAUUACACUGCAUAUGCUGAAACAUGCUUCAAGGAAUAUGGAGACAAGGUGAAGAAUUGGAUCACCUUGAAUGAGCCUCACACCUUCGCGGUUCAAGGCUACGACGUGGGGUUGUUGGCGCCCGGGCAGUGCUCCAUCCUUCUCCACGCAUUCUGUAGGGUUGGGAACUCUGCAACCGAGCCCUACAUUGUCGGACAUAACCUCCUCCUCGCGCAUGCGUCUGCAGUCGAUGCCUACAAGAAAAAAUAUCAGCCAAAACAAAAAGGAAGAAUCGGGAUAUCAUUGGACACGUUCUGGUUUGAGCCAGCUUCUAGCUCUCAAGAUGACAUCCAAGCCACACGAAACGCAAUAGACUUCAGCCUGGGAUGGUUCUUGGAGCCUCUGAUCAAAGGGGACUAUCCAAGUUCGAUGAGAAGCAGAGUCCGCGAGAGGCUGCCAAGAUUCAGCAAGGAGCAGUCCACGAUGCUGAGGGGCGCGUACGACUUCAUAGGCAUAAACCAUUACACAACAUGGUAUGCAAAGAAAAACACCACUAACAUCAUUGGUGUCUUGCUCAAUGACUCCCUUGCAGACUCCGGUGCCAUCACAUUCCCCAUUGCGUUGGGAAAGCCUAUGUAUGAAAGGGCGAAUUCUGUGUGGCUGUACAUUGUUCCCGACGGGAUAAGAAGCUUGAUGAAUCACAUCAGGAAGGAGUAUGGGAACCCCACAGUGAUCAUCACAGAAAAUGGAAUGGACGAUGGAAACAACCCGUUUACGUCUGUCAAGGAAGCUCUGAAGGAUGUGAAGAGGAUCAAGUAUCACCAAGGCUACUUGACAAGCCUAAAUGAGGCUAUAAAAGAUGGAUGCAAUGUGAAAGGCUACUUUGUUUGGUCGAUGCUGGAUAAUUGGGAAUGGGGAGCAGGAUACACUUCAAGAUUUGGGCUCUACUAUGUUGAUUACAAACACAACAAUCAGAGAUAUCCCAAGGAUUCUGUUGCAUGGUUCAACAAUUUCCUCAAAACUUAGUGAAAAUCUAAAACUAGUUCUAUGUGUUUACCACAUUACACAUUUAUUAAUAAUUGUAUUGUGUGAUUUUUAAGUGAAUUUCAAAUAUUUAUAGUUUGUAUUA